UCACUUUUUAUAAAAAUACCCAGUCAAAUAAUUAUCCAGUCUCUAUCCGAACAUUAUUAACAGAGGAAAUAGUUUUUCUUUAUCUAUAACAUUAUACAAUGGCACCGGCACUCUUCACGGGUGCAAUUUGUGUAGGUACUAAAAGAGAAAAGUUGACGGGUCACCGAAGCUUUUGCAGGUCGGAAACAAAGUAGCAACUGAAAAUUUCUUUCCAGUGCCCUAAAUUGAUAGCAAUGCCUAUCAUAAAAUCUGCAGUAAACCCAGAGGCAAAACAUGCUGGCACAGCAUCCGCUCAUGUCCAGUUAGAUUUUGGACUAUGUCGCUUCUGCGAGGCACUGGGAGAACACAUAAACAUGGCGGCACAACAAGCGACGAGACAUGGCCGGGAAAACUACGUUGACAUGCUUUUGGACUUAUUCAACGUGUUUCUAGCAACAGACUCAAAAAUCAACUCCCUUAUAUGCACUACAUGUGCUCAGCGAUUACACGACGCGCGCGAUUUCAAGAAGCUAGUGCUUCAUGCACAAAGCGGCUUUCGGCUUGCAGCGACCACUGAGGAUCAAGACACACCAACUAACCCCAACACACUCAAAAUAAAGCAGGAACCCCAAGACGAACCAGAAGACCCGGAACCCAAGGAUCUAGAGCCCAAGGAUCUAGAGUCCAAGGAUUUAGAGCCCAAAAAUCUGGAGCCUCAGAAUUUGGAACCCAAAGAUCUGGAGCCCGAGAAUCUGGAGCCCAAGGAAUUGGAACCCGACCCCCAAAAUCUAAGCGAAUUUGUAGUAAAGCGUGAGCCGGAUAUUGAAAUAGUCGAGCAUGAAAUCACACAGACAGACUAUAAUAGUGGAGAAGAAGAGUCACCUGAAACGCCUGGCGAUGGAGAACCAGAACCUAAAAAACAACGACUGGAAAAUAAUGAGCCCAGCAAAGCUGAUUCGUUCCUAACCGAAUUGGUGGCAAACUAUACUCGAGACACAACGGAGGAAAAAACACAAAAUGAACCUAAAAAACAACGACUAUUGGAAAAUAAUGAGGACAGCAAUACAGAUUCGUUUCUAGCCGAGUUGCUGUCAAACUAUACUCAAGACACAACGGAGAAAGAAACACAAAAUGAUCAAAAUACGUCCACACGCGGUUUAGAAAGCUUCGACAAGUUGUUUCGAGACUCAUAUUUCAAGAGUGUUCCUCACGUAGAAGAGGAUAAUAAUUUAGAUAGCGUCUUCGAAGUACCUGAAAGAGAUAUGAUGGACAUGGACGAGGCGACUGUAUUCUUCAAAACUGGAUGUGGCUGCAGACUAUCAUGUCUAGACAAGUUUGAAAGAAACCAUGUCCUGAAAGCAAGGUUGGACUGUGGAGAGCAAAAUUAUUACUGCCACGACCAUAUGAAUCAUUUGGAGUUGAUAUUACUAGGCGCUUUAAGCGCAUCGACUCGAAUAGGCUUAAGUGAUAAAGCAAGAGAAAUGCAACCUAAAUUGCAUGCCCCCUACUGGUUCAGAGGAACACCGGUCUGCAAGAAAUUCUUCCUGUUCGUCUACGGCGGACUUACUAGCCAAAAAUGUGAUAAAAUACUGAAGACUUUCAGAGAGAGAGGGGUAGAAGCCUUAAGGAAACAUUCCAAAGUACCUUUAAUGACGAGACAACAGAAGGCUGACGUUAUUGCGUUUAUAAAUAACUUCUCCGAGCAAAAUUCUCUAGUUUUACCGGGCAGGUCACCUGAUAAAACUGAUUUGCAUAUACUGCCCAGUAGUGUUACCAGAACGUCCCUAUACGAACGGUACGUUAGAGCGUCUAGACUGAAGAAUACUUAUCCCGCUACCCGACCUUUGUGGUACAAAUGUUGGGACAACUUCUGCCCUAACGUGGUAAUAAGCCAACCUGCAAAUCCUUGCGGAACUUGCGAAAAUUUCGUCAGUGUGCUAUCCGAAUCUCAGGCAGAAGACGACAAAAAGGAAUGCCUGCGAGACGCACUGAAUCAUCUAAACGAUGUCCAAAUGCAAAGGAGUUAUUAUCAAAGUGUUAUAGCCCAGGUCACUCCGUCUAUAAUGAAGAACAAUUUGUCUUUAGGUGGGAAUCCUCCUUGCAGCUAUGAAGGAUCAGCGCAUUAUUCUUUCGACUAUAUCCAACAGAUCCAUAUACCUCACAAUCCUGAUCAAAUAGGGCCUCAAGACUUUCUUGACAAAUACAAAGUGUCUCUAUUCGGCGUUGCUAUAGAACCUCUGAAUAAAUUCAUACUGUAUGUCAUUCCUGAGUGUGUCCCCAAGGGUAUCGCAUUGAUCAUAUCCUUACUGCAUCAUUUCUUCGAGCACUGCGCUUUAGGGGAAACUCACGUGGUAUGUCACUCCACGAAUUUAUGCAAAGAUAUGACUUUAAUCCAAUAUGCCGCUUGGAGAGUGUUAUCAGGUUUGCACAAGAGUUUCCAACUAUCAUUCCUCCCUUCAGAACAUUCUAAGUUUGCCCCAGAUGUUUAUUUCGGAAUGUUCAAAAUGAUGUUUCGGGAAUCAAAUGCCUUUUGUCUAAGCCAUGUAUGUGAGAUCGCUGAAAAUUCCCUUGGUUUCAGAUCAAUAACCAGUAUCAUAGUUGCGAAUGAGACUGGAGAUAGUUUCGUCAACAAUUAUGAUUGGAGAGAUUUCUUUAAAACGUUGCAAAUACUGGUUCCGCCGUCAGGCGACCUACUUACACACAGCCACUUUAAAGCCGACUCACAGAAUCCAUUUUCAGUGAUGUGUUCUAAAUCGUCACCCAACCACUUUUCGGAUCCAGUUAAGAUAUUUGACAUACAAUCUGAUUUGGAAAUGCCAAAGAUUAUUGAGCCGACACAGUUAUCUUUUGCAAGACAGAAAUAUUUGUACGAGAACAUUAGACAAUAUGUGUCUCCUGAAUUUCAAGAUAGGCUCUGCCCCGUACCUAAUGGUGUAGCAGAAAGUACUGUAGAAACUACUAAAGAUUCAACGGAUAAAUCUUACCAGAUUAACAGUCCUAUCACUUCAUCAGAUAAUGAGACUAAGCAAACUAAAAAACGUAAUCCUCGGCCAAACGAAACCAAGCAAGGAGUUAAUUCAUGUCCGAAACGACAAUUAGAUAAUACAGACUCAAAAGCUGCUAAAAAGUGUGCUUUAUGUACACCUAAUGGUUCCGAUGUUGAUUCUAAAUUAAAAGAGAUCACAGAGAAAUGUGUAAAUUGUAACACGGCGAGUCAAAGUGUCACCGAUUUUUUAUGUACUUUAGAUACAAAAGAUGAUAAGGUAGAGAGUGGGGGUAUUACUAAGAGAGUGCAUGUAUGUUCGUACUGUGGGUUACCGGGACAUAUGAAUAUAGUGAGGCAUGGCAUAUAUUUUUGUAAAAAAAGGCGGGAUGAUAUAGAGGCGGCUGCUAAUGAGUAAAAUAGCUUAAAAUGUUAAUAUAGUCAUACCAAGCUAAGUUGCUAUGAUUGAAACGCUGGUGGCUUAGCGGUAAGAGCGUGUGACUUACGAUCCGGAGGUCGCGGGUUCGAACCCCGGCUCGUACCAAUGAGUUUUUCGAAAUUUAUGUGCGAUGUCAUUUAAU